AUGUCCAAUUCCUCCUCCCCAACACAGGCCCCACGGCCACGUCCUCUUCAUGUAUCCAGGUCUUUCACUCGUCUCGAGCCGAACCCGGCUUCCCUCCCGCCCUCUCCAUCCCGUGCGAGAGCGAGCACCAUCCAGACCAUUCCCGAAGCAAAGGACAUGACCUCCUUUUCCCACAGCGAUGUCUUCGAGGCUGUCGACGAAGACAAGCCCGAAGAACCUGCCAUCAACGUCCCUGCCACCUUCGACCAACUUCCUAUCGAGAUCCGAAGCCUGAGCGAGCGUUUCCUCAAGUCUCUUUCCGUAAAGACCCACGCGAACCCCCUAAAUAUCGAUACCAUCUCCGAAUUAUUCCAAGACUUUUACGAACAAGCCGAGUCCCACAUCUCUACCCAUAUUGCAACUCUGUCCAUCCGUCUGUCCAGGGAGAAAUCCCCCUCGCGCUCCGCUGCGACAAAGGCCCUGGGCGGUGCACUCAAGGCCAGGAAGCAGAGCGCUGAUCUGUCCGCCUCUCCAAAUGGUCAGGGCGAACAACAGAUGCUGACAGCCUCCGAGGUCGCUGACCGUCGAAAGGCUCGCCGCGAUCUGGAAAUAAAGAGAUUGGCUUUGGAAGAAGCUGUUGAAAGAGCUGUGUGUGAAAAGGUCUACGAUCGCAUCUACAGACACAGAAGUGCCGAUGAUGAGGAACGAGACGCAAAGCUUCGUUCGAGGACUGCCGCCCUGUCGCUGGUCGGCAUCGGCUUGAAAGAGCUGCAUGUCGACAUUGAACCAGCAAAGGGUAAUGGUCUACCGACCGACGAACAAGAGCUACAUGAGGAGAUAUUCAAGCUGCUUGCACCAGCAAGAGAACAUCUUCAACGCAUGGAUGAUCAUCGUUACCCCCUCGGGAAGCUGCAAAUGCUGACCGAGGCUCACAAGAGCAUCGUCGAAACAUUAUCUCGCAUCUUCCCGUCAACUUCAUCUGCUGACGAGGUUCUCCCUACCCUCAUUUACACUCUGAUGACCUCGUCUCCAGACACCAUCAACGUCAUCAGCAACCUGCACUUUGUCCAACUCUUCCGCGCUCGCGCAAAGGUUGACGGCGAAGCUGCUUACUGUCUGGUCAAUCUCGAAGCUGCCAUAUCCUUCCUCGAAACUGUCGAUCUAUCUUCUCUAAGGGCUGAUGAAGCUCCACAAGGCGGUAUUCAUCUGACGUCUCAAUCUGAGAAAUCCACCAACAUCGCACGCCCAUCUAGCCCCAAAUCUUUGGCCCCUGACUUGACAACGACAUCAGCCAUCUCCGCCGAUCUCAGUCCAGGAGACACUUCCAUGAAGCCCUUGCCGUCUCAAGCUGCUCUCAGUAAUCCCCAACGACCUGGCUUUACACAACGACGCUUCUCGUCACUGAUUCAAGCACAAGCUGAACGCAUUGAAGCUGGUCGAGAUGAACUUAUGAAUUCUGCUGACCAGGCCUUUGACGCCAUCAACUCGACCCUCGAAAACAGCUUUAAAUUUUUGUUCGGCCGUAUGAAGGAGCAAGGCGCCGGAACUCAAGAUUCCGGCAUCGUUAUGCCUCGAACCCUCGAAGACGCUCGCAAGCUUGUCAGCUCACCACCUCUUGUACCUAUGGACAGUCAUCCGAACUUUGCCGAAUCACUUUCUUCGAGCCCUACACAGGACCCACCGUCAGCGCCUCGAGCCGACAACACUAUGCUCAAUCUAGUCGGUGGUCGUCUGCGCGACCGCAGUGUAGACAGCAGUCGCAGCACAGGCAGCGGCAAGCGCGUGAUCUUUGCCGAGAAACCAAAUGGCUCCGCCACCACACUCAGCAAUAACGCCAUUUCAUCUUCUCUGCCCACCCAAUCAGCCGUCGAGUCCAUGGGCAACCUCAUGAAUUCCAUCAACCCUUUGUCACGCUUCGGGGGUUUUGGCAAGUUCGGGCGCUCUGCAUCUGCCAGUGGUUCUUCCACUCCCAACACACCCGCCGCUUCGUCAGCUGCCAUGGCUGAAAAGACCAAGCAGUUGGGAUAUAUCCCCGAAUCUGAGAAAUCUCCUGCUCAAAACGGUAACGUGCAGACAGAAGCUGAUUUGGAUUCCAUGGAAGCAUUGGCACAGCUGAAGAAGGCGCCGCCACCGCUACAAAGGUUUGUCGAUGCAAAGAGUGCUCAGGAAUUGAGGAUCGGCGAUGUGGAGGAGUUGUUGAGGGAGUAUCAGCGAUUGGCUGCUCUGAUCAAGGAGACUGUGAAUGCAUAG